CCUCUCUCAUACAGAGCUGCAUUUCCCCCAAUUCACCACGGCUGAGGACCGAGCGCGCGCUCUCCAGCUUUUCACAAUCCUGCCACUAACUUUGCGGAAUGUCAUUUUACUUAUUGCGUAUUUUUUCGGCGAGUUGUUUUUAAAGAAUACAUUUGAAGGAUAUCCUCACCGUGUGUUUAUACUACAGCUCUUUACCGACAGGGUAUAACUACUUGUACGCGUUGAACGCUAUCAGUGGUCACUUUUUAGUCAAAGAAACCUCUAAACUGAGCUGCUUUCUUUCUCCGAGCACAGCACAUGCUAUUUAGUCGGAACGCUUGGUCUUGUAUAUCAUUUAUAACUAAGCUGUGUGUGUUUUUACAGAGCACUUUUUAGGGGGGCAAGAGUUUGUUGUUUUUAAACGAAGUCGUUUUUCUUUCUCUGGAUGGCAAUUCGUCUGUUUUCCAUGUGAGAAUCUGUAGCGAUAACCAACGCCUUUGCUGUGAGCCGUAAAGCGUGUGGUGUUGAGCACAAACACCAUCAAGCAGAGACAGCUCUGUGCGCCAUCACUUCUGGGGUUUGUUUGUUUUUUUUUUUGGUCCAGCGUCGUUUCGGUUGUUUGUUGUUUAAAACAACAAACGGUUUAUAGGUGAAGAUGGGUUGCACACUAAGCGCUGAGGACAAAGCCGCGAUAGAGAGGAGCAAAAUAAUCGAUAGGAACCUGCGGGAAGACGGAGAGAAAGCGUCCAGAGAAGUCAAACUGCUGCUGCUGGGUGCUGGUGAAUCAGGAAAAAGCACGAUAGUUAAGCAGAUGAAGAUCAUCCAUGAAGAUGGCUACUCAGAAGAGGAGUGCAAGCAGUACAAGGUCGUGGUGUACAGCAACACGAUCCAGUCAAUCAUUGCCAUCAUCAGAGCUAUGGGCCGUUUAAAGAUUGACUUUGGUGACCCAGCAAGAGCUGUGAGUGUCUCUUCUAUUCAUAAAAAAUUGUUGGCCGCACAGGGUGUAUUGCUUUUUGACAACGUGUUUGGUUUCCAGGACGAUGCCCGGCAGUUGUUUGUGCUGGCUGGGACAGCGGAAGAAGGGGUUAUGACCCCUGAGUUGGCUGGGGUCAUCUGCAGGCUGUGGAGGGACAACGGAGUCCAGAGCUGCUUUGUCAGGUCCAGAGAGUAUCAGCUCAAUGACUCGGCUUCCUAUUAUCUGAAUGAUCUGGAGAGGAUAUCCCAACAGAGCUACAUGCCCACACAGCAAGAUGUGCUAAGGACUCGCGUCAAGACCACAGGCAUUGUGGAAACUCACUUUACCUUUAAAGAGCUCUACUUCAAGAUGUUUGAUGUGGGAGGCCAGCGCUCCGAGAGGAAGAAAUGGAUUCACUGCUUCGAGGGUGUCACAGCUAUUAUCUUCUGCGUAGCGCUGAGUGAUUACGACUUAGUGCUGGCUGAGGAUGAAGAGAUGAACCGCAUGCAUGAGAGCAUGAAGCUGUUUGACAGCAUCUGCAACAACAAGUGGUUCACCGACACCUCCAUCAUCCUCUUCCUCAAUAAGAAGGACCUGUUUGAGGAGAAGAUCAAGAAGAGUCCUCUCACUAUCUGUUACCCUGAAUACUCUGGUUCUAACACGUAUGAAGAGGCCGCGGCUUACAUCCAGUGCCAGUUUGAGGAUUUAAACAAGCGAAAGGACACCAAGGAGAUAUAUACACACUUCACCUGCGCCACCGACACCAAGAAUGUGCAGUUUGUCUUUGAUGCAGUCACUGACGUCAUCAUCAAGAACAACCUGAUCGAGUGUGGACUCUACUGAAGCAGCAUGUUUGUUUGCCAAGUGGGACUAAGGAGCAAUGCCUCUUGGGAUGGAUCUCAUUGUCACUGCCUGUAUUGGAUUCCAGUCAGUGGGGGAAAAUGACGAGACUCACAGUGCUGCUACCACACGCUGUACACCGUAGUUCUUACUGUGCAUUUUGGAGAAACUCUUUAACCUUCUUUAUUGGCGGUAUUAUUGUCUGUCUGUCUUUACUUCUCAGACACAUUAGAGAGAGGUCAAGAUGGAUGAAUGUUUUCUGUCCAUGUUGAAAUUACUGUUCAUUCUAGUUGCCGAAUGACUGAUUGGUCAUUCUUUUGGCUGUUACAGUAAAUAAAGUAGUUCUAUGCACACACCAGAAUCCUAAAAGGUUGAGAUGCAUCUUGCCAAAAGGGGAAUUUCUGACUAUCAUCCGCUACAUAACUGUGAUUUCUUCGGUUUCUCUCAUUAGGUUUAUAGGUAAGUUAUUGAUAUUCAGUUUCUUUUGAGUUCUUUAUCUUUAUUUCGGGACCACGGUUUAAUGGAAACAAGACAAAUGAAGGUGUUCACAUAAGUAGAGCAUUUUCACUCAACACACCUGUAGCGGUUUAGUUUCAGAGGUAUAACAUAGAUUGUAGUUGUUUUUAUAACCAAAAAAGUAAAUAGUAGCUAAAUACUUCUGCUUAUUUCUUCUAUCCUUCUCUCGCUCUUUUUUUUUUUAAUGUGAACCACUACAUAACACACUUUUUGAUCAUUACACUUGUGUAUGAAUUAUUAUUGAUUAAAUAAAUUCAUGACUGCAUGCUAAUGGAACUAAUGAGUGGGUCAAGAACAUUUUUGUAAUAAAUGUUGUAGAAAUUGUGAAGUUCCUGCAUGGAGGCUGAAUUUACAUUCACUGCUUGAUAUUCUGAAGGUUUCAUUGCUGGGACAAAAAAACCCAAAAAAAAACAACAACAAAAAAAGAACUCGAUGGGCGUUAAUCUUUAUGGCAGGUGUACUUACAGUGUGUAAAUAUACAUGUUUAUUUUUUACAUAAAUCUUUAACUUUUUGAAUUAAAUGCUCGUUUUCAAAAAAUAACCUAGAGUGUCUGAAAACUGCAUUAGUGAUCUGUGCUUUUAACAGUGACAGACAAACAAAACAGCUGUUUGUCAGGUUGAUCUGCUUUAGGUCACACAUUUCUACUCUUUAUUUGCAUUUUAAAACAUUUGGAAAUGUUGAACUUUUUGAAGUAGUUUUAACUGUUAACUUACAGAUAAAGUCUAAAAUUUUAAUGUAGCCCAGACUGUAAUAUGUGUAAUUCUUGUUAAGAUCUUAAGGGCUGUUGGAUGUACUAUGUUAAUCCUGUGGAUUUUUGUUUUAUAAAACAAACCAACAUCAUGGAGUGCUUUGUAAUUAGUACUGGUUUAAUUAUCUAACAUGUUUCAUCAUGUUACCCAAUUGAGCUUGACUUUUGCAUUGCUACAACACAGUGUUAUGCAGUGUAUAAAAGUAUUAUUAUCCAUAUCCAGCAAUAUGGCUCAUUUUGUACAGGUCGAUUGAUGCCUCUCCUCCUUAUACAACACUAUUUUGUUUCUUGCUUGAAAACAGUUUUUUUUUUAAAUCUUUUUUUUUUUUGUCUUCUAUUUUCUGUACUGGUUCACUAAUAUCUAUUAAAACACACACAAACUGAAUCAUAAGCUUGUUUCGAGAUUUGUAUACCUGUUAGACAAAAUACGAAAUAUAUAUGUAAUUGACCUACCUUGUGGAUGAUAUUAAAAUGGAGAGUCAUAUGCGUGGUAAAUGCUGUACUGCUGUAAACUUUGGAUGUACAUGAAAUUUCUAGACACGCUUAAUUGUGGAAAAUUCUCUCGCAUCGUGACCGAAUACAAAAGAUGGCAAAAGUAGCAAUUGAUAUAAAAUAAUAUACAAAUUCUGUCAACUGUAUUGGAAUACGUAGUAAUUGAGGUUUUGAUUUCCUGUUGAUAAAUAUAAGAUCACACAAUAUUGCAAUGAAUUCAAAGUGUUUUAAUGUUAAAAGUAAUGUUUCAUGUACAAUGCACUCUUUUCUACCUUGGGAGUUUUUGUCCUCGUUUUUAAACAAAUUGAUGGUUACUUAAAGACGUUCAAUAACCUUAUUCUGUGUUUACGAAGAUGAGACCAAAAGCCAGUGGAAUUGAUGCACAUCUUUAUUUCAUGUUCCUACAUUUUAGUCCAGAACAUCUUCACAGAAUUAUCAGAUCCCAAACCACAAACUGCUAGAGUAUCUUGGUAUUAAUUUUCAUAAUUAGACAUUUGGUUAUUUCUUUAAAACAUAAUAUAGAAGCUUCUCUGAAAUAGAAAUUUACUUGCCUACUCUUAUUUACAAAAUCAACCGCAUACUAUAUUUUAAACUAGAGGGGAAAAGGGGUUCACAUGUUAUACAGCAUGCUGCUCCCAUUGAAAAUUAGCUUUUACGAGAAAGUCCUCAACACUGUACAUCAAACAAAUUAAUUACAUUCCUAACCAAAGUGUCAUGGCUGUCUAACAUAUUAGCAGAAGAAAAAACAGAAAAACAUCUAUUCCCAGUCUGUACCAGCAGCUUCAACCUGAAAAUAAAAUGCCUUCUUUUCAAAUGCCAGUUAGAAAGAGAAGUUUGAACUUGAAAGAAUAAUGUUUAGCUUUAUACUGGAUAGAUUGGAGUCUUGACUGCUUGGAUGGAGCCUUCAAUGUCCAGUAUGUUGAUUAUUUAUGAAGGGCAUCUGACCACUCUUUACUUCUUGCAGUAGUGAUUACCAUCAUGCCAUCUGCGAGUCUUCAGAAUCAUUUACAGGGGAUAGGGCAAAAGUACUGGACAGAACAGAAGUUUAUAAUAUUGAUGUACAUUUUCAGUUAGAAGUUGUUUUUAUUCUUUAUACCACUGUGCUGUAAAAUUCUUGAUUCUAAUUAAUCAGAAAGUGUUCAUUAAUUUUGUAUAACAGCAACACACUGACAAUAGUGCCACUUAUCAUGCAAAUCACAGGAUUAUAUGCCAAUCUGCGCUAGGAUGGCUGCUUGUAUGGAGAACACUCCACAUUAACAGGUUCAAAUAAAAAAAAAAAGUGUAAUAGUUGAUAUGGUGAAGUUUUAGGUGAGGUGAUGUUUAUUUAGUAUUUUUCUCCAAUGGCAGCACUUUGUAAUAGUCAGAGGUAAAGCUGUUCCCUUAAGUUUUCCAAAACAAGAAAGUCUUCAGAUCAGAGGAAUUUUUCUUCAAUAUUUUUCAAUUUUGUUUUAUUAAAUUCUUAUUUCUAGAGAAAGAAAUAAAGAGUGUCUGGUGUUUCAUUACAAAAAAAACUAACUUGUAUAAUGAUGUUCAUUAAACAAUAAACAUAACUAUAAAUGGAUAAUUAUUGUAUGUAUGAUGCACCAUUUUUAAUUGCUUAAAAAUGUCAUUGUUGGCAAAUUGCUGUGGUAUAAAUGGAUUAAAACACUUUGGCUUGCUAAUAUUAAAAAAAUAAUCAACUUUGUGGUGGUAACAGUAACUCUGCUUAGUGAUGUUCUACAACUCCAUUGUUGAUUAUUUUCCUGUAACAGCACAUCCUAUCAUGUUUUAUUCCUUAAGUAUCACAACCACCUACCUGAAAAACGUGGCCUUUUUUUUUUUUUUUUUUUUUUUUUUUUUUUUUUUAGAACAGACCACAAUCCUUAAGGUUUUCCUUGAUGAUGAUGUCUGUCACAGCAUUGAACACGAUUUCCACGUUUUUUGUGUCAGUGGCACAGGUCAGGUGUGAGUAGAUUUCUUUUUCACCUUUCUUCAUGUUCAGCUCCUCAAACUGCUUCCUGAUAUAAAGGCUGGCGUCGUCAUACGUGUUUGGACCUACAGUGGAAAUGAAACGUUGUGACUCAGGAGCUCAGGUGUUUGAUUUGGUUGAUUGCGGUCACUGUGUUUUUAAGCGAGACGCUAGACUCCAGAAACUCUUGGCCAGACUUGGCUGAUGUAUGGUGUCUUGUCCAAAACUAUUAUCUUAAUGACAAAAUAUAAAAAGAUCAGUUAUAUUGCCUAUUCCCUAGUAUCUGAAAUAUCUCUGGGUUAAAAUGCUGAUCAAGCCGAGAACAACAGAGAACGUCACUAAUAGAAACCAGCAUAGUGCUGAAUGGCCUAAACUUACCAUUAUAUUCAGGGAAGCAGAUGCUGAGGUGAACUUUCUGGAUCUUCUGCUCAAAGAGAUCUUUCUUAUUGAGGAAAAGCACAAUAGAAGUUUUUGCAAAGAACCUGUGGUUGCAGAUGCUGUUGAAUAGAUGAAGACUCUCAUGCAUGCGAUUCUGAAAUUUAAGUAAUGCAAGAGAAGUUAGUGACAUACACUCUCAGUCCACUUUAUCAGGGACACCUGUAAUCUGCCAAUCAUCUGGCAGCAGCACAAGGCAAAAACUUAUGCAGAUACACGUCAAGAGCUUCAGUUAAUGUUCACAUCAGAAUGAAGAAAUAGUGUGAUCUUUGUGAUUUUGAUCAUGUCAUGGAUGUUUGUACUAGAAGGGCUGGUUCGAGUAUUAUAUAAAUUGCUGAUCUCCCACACAGCAGUCUCUAGAGCAGGGGUGUCCAAUCUUAUCCGCAAAGGGCCGGUGUGGGUGCAGGUUUUCAUUCCAACCAAGCAGGAGCCACACCUGAUUCCACCUGAUUAAUCCGAUGAUCUUGGCUUUCAAUAGACUCAGGUGUGACGUCUGCUAGGCUGGAAUAAAAACCUGAACCCACACCGGCCCUUUGCAGAUAAGAUUGGACACCUCUGCUCUAGAGUUUAAACAGAAUGGUGCUCAGCAUGCACAAAACAUCGAACCUUCAGGUGGAUAGGCUACAACAGCAGAAGACCACAUUGGGUUC